UAAUAAUAAUAAUAAAGAGUACUGUUCUGCUUCAGAAAUCCAACUUGGAUGACAUAAAUGGCCUUUAUUUAAUCUGAAAUGUGACCAGUUUGGAAGUGUGAUAAACUGCAUGAAUUGGGAGUAAUAAACCUUUAAUCACAUUUCAUUGUUCACCUGAACCAGAAAUAAAGGUACUAAACUGUACAUUUCAGCCUGUAAACGCUUGUGUAAAGGUGUGAGACCCUCAGGGCCGGGUCUUUGGACCUCUCUAGUUUACCUUUCACCUGGGAAAUAGACCGUAGUACACCUUAAAAAUUUUGAGAAUGUUAAAACUGUGCUUACAUUGCUAUGUGGUUGUUGUUGUUGUUGUUGUUGUUGUUUUUUUUUUUACCAAUAAGGAAACUACAAUAUACACACUACUGGUCAAAAGUUUGGAGACACUCGACUGAAAUGUUUCUCAUGAUCUUAAAAACCUUUUGAUCUGAACGUGUCUGAUUAAACGUGUUGAUAAGAGUCCAGCGUAGGUGGGAACUCCUUUAAUACUGUUUAAAAAGCAUCUCACGGAAAUCCGUGACGAGAAAAUGCAGAGAAUACAUUUCUGGAAAUUCUCGGCAAAAAGGGCGUCUACUUUGAAGAUGCUAAAAUGCUAAAUAAUUUAUAUUUAUUUUGUAUUUUUUUGUCCCAGCAUAAUUCCCAUAGUUCCAUUUGUGUUACUCCAGAGUUUUGAUGACUUUAUUAUUAAACUUUUGACCGGUAGUGUACCUGUACUGGUACCUUAUUUUCCUGACAGCGAUGAUCCAGUCUAAUUGAAUGUAUAUAUGUUGCUGCACGCUUAAUCUAGUGAAUUCUUGUGUAAUUUCUUCCUCCACGGACGCUGUACUAACCCUCAGAGCUUCAGUAGUGCUGUAGUGUGGUAGCAUUCGGCUAACGAACAAAAUGGCCAGCGCUGCCCGCGAGCGUCCCCGUUCCCAAUGCAGACUCGACAGACACGGUUCCAUUUAUGAACCUCUCAAGCUGUCCAUCCUGCACCAUGAGGACGAGCCUCUGUGGGAGAAACUGGACCGGUUCUACGGCGCAGUGAAGUACACUAUUCUGAACUAUCAGAGCCCCACCACGGGUCUGUUUCCUGUGAAGACCUGCUCCGACUGUAAAGAAGCCAAAGUGCGAGAUUCACUUUACUGUGCUGCCAGUGCCUGGGCUCUGGCUCUCGCUUAUAGACGCAUUGAUGAUGAUAUGGGCCGCACACACGAGCUUGAACAUUCUGCCAUUAAAUGCAUGCGGGGGAUUCUCUACUGCUACAUGCGCCAGGCCGAUAAGGUGGAGAAGUUUAAGCAGGACCCCAGCCCGUACACGUGUCUCCACUCCGUGUUCAACGUUCAUACAGGAGAUGAGAUUUACUCUUAUAAACAGUACAGUCACCUGCAGAUCGACGCGGUGUCUCUCUUCCUGCUCUACCUGGUGGAGAUGAUUUGCUCUGGUCUGCAGAUCAUCUACAACACUGACGAGGUGUCCUUCAUCCAGAACCUAGUUUUUUGCGUAGAGAGAGUGUACCGCGUCCCGGACUUCGGCAUGUGGGAGAGAGGAAGUAAAUACAACAACGGCAGUACAGAGCUGCACUCCAGUUCUGUGGGACUCGCCAAAGCAGCUCUCGAGGCCAUCAACGGUUUCAACCUGUUUGGAAAUCAGGGAUGCUCCUGGUCUGUGAUAUUUGUGGAUCUGGAUGCUCACAACCGUAACAAACAGACGCUGUGCUCCCUCCUACCCCGAGAGUCCCGCUCUCAUAACACGGAUGCGGCCCUCUUGCCCUGUAUCAGCUACCCGGCGUUCGCCGUGGACGACGACGCCCUUUACAGCCAGACGCUGGACAAAAUCGUCCGCAAGCUCAAAGGCAAAUAUGGCUUCAAACGAUUCCUGAGGGACGGAUACAGGACGGCAAACGAGGACAUGAACCGCAGAUACUACAGACCUGCUGAGAUGAAGCUCUUUGACGGGAUCGAGUGUGAGUUUCCCAUAUUCUUCAUCUACAUGAUGAUCGACGGUGUGUUCAGAGGAAACACGGCUCAGGUGAAAGAGUACGAAGACCUCCUGCAGGCCAUCAUUUUUCAGUCUUAUGAAGGUCAUGCCGUCAUUCCAAAGUACUACCACGUGCCGGCGGAUUUUGUGGAGGCGGAGCAGAAGAAACACGGCAGCCAGAAACGUUUCCCGAGUAACUCGGGUCGUGACGGGAUGCUGUUCCUGUGGGGUCAGGCUCUGUACAACAUCGCCAAGCUGCUGGUGGAUGGUCUGAUUAGCCCCAAGGACAUCGACCCCAUCCACCGCUACGUACCACGCCAGGACCAGAGGAACGUUAGCAUGAGAUACUCCAACCAGGGUCCCAUCGAGAAUGAUGUGGUGAUCCACGUGGCACUUAUCGCCGAGAGUCAGAGGUUGCAGGUUUUCUUGAACACGUACGGUAUUCAGACUCAGACCCCUCAGCAGGUGGAACCCAUUCAGAUUUGGCCGCAGCAGGAGCUUGUGAAGGCGUAUCGUUUCUUGGCCAUCAAUAAGAAGCUCGGUCUAAGUGGACGUCCAGAGAGACCGGUGGGCUGUAUCGGGACCUGUAAGAUUUAUCGCAUCCUAGGGAAGACCGUGGUGUGUUACCCCAUCGUUUUUGACCUCAGCGACUUCUACCUGUCUCACGAUGUCCUGCUACUGAUCGACGACAUCAAGAACGCUCUACAGUUCAUUAGGCAGUGCUGGAAGAUGCCGGGUCGCCCGCUCUUCCUCGUCCUCAUCAGAGAGGAUAACAUCAAGGGGAGCCGUUUCAACCCUGUACUGGACAUGCUGGCCUCCUUCAAGAAGGGCAACAUCGGAGGGGUCAAAGUUCACGUCGACAGGCUUCAGACUCUCAUCUCCGGAGCUGUGGUUGAGCAGCUGGAUUUUCUGCGUGUCAACGAGGCAGAGAUUCCCGAGUUUAAGAGCUUCGAGGAGCUGGAGCUGCCCAAACACUCAAAGGUGAAGCGUCAGACGAGCACGCCCAACGUCUCGGACCUGGAGCAGCAGCCCGAGAUCGACAUCGACGAGUGGAGGAACAAACCCACGCACGAGAUCCUGCAGAAGUUUAACGACUGUGUCUGUCUCGCCAGCCAGGCGCAGCUCGCUAGUGUUCUCCUGAAGAAAGAAGGUCCAGACUUCUUCAGCAAAGAUGAGUUCCUGAACGCCGAGUUGGAGCGGAUCUACAGGAGAGCAGGCAGCAGGAAACUCUGGUCCGUUGUACGUCUUGCUGCCAGUCUCUUAACUAAGCUAGUGGACAGCCUUGCUCCGAGUAUUACUAGCGUUUUAGUGCAUGGCAAGCAGGUGACUCUGGGUCUUUUUGGACACGAGGAGGAGGUGAUCUCUAACCCGCUGUCUCCGGCUGUCAUUAAGGACAUCAUUUACAGGAAGUGCAGUCCUCACGGCGAGCGAGAGGCCGUGCUGCAGCAGGAGCUCGUCAUCCACAUCGGCUGGAUCAUCUCCAACAACCCCGAGCUGUUCAGCGGCAUGCUCAAGAUCCGCAUCGGCUGGAUCGUCCAGGCCAUGAAACACGAGCUGAAGAUCCGUGCAGGAGACAUGCCGCCUCAGGACAUCUACCAAAUGUCACCUAGUGACGUCAAACAGCUGCUGUUGGACGUUCUUCAACCUCAACAGACCGGCAGGGCGUGGCUGAAUCGGCGUCAGAUCGACGGAUCUCUGAAUCGUACGCCGCUCGGGUUUUACGAUCGCGUCUGGCAGAUUCUGGAGCGGACGAGUAACGGCAUCAUGGUGGGAGGGCUUCACCUGCCUCAGCAACCCACUCUGUCUGAUAUGACCAUGUACGAGAUGAACUUCUCCCUGCUGGUGGAGGACACGCUGAAGAACAUCGUGCUGCCCGAAUACAGACAGAUCAUUGUGGAGCUCCUGAUGGUGGUGUCGCUGGUGCUGGAGAGAAACCCGGAGCUGGAGUUUCAGGAGAAGGUGGAUCUGGAUCAGCUGGUGAGAGAAGCCUUCUGUGAUUUCCAGAGGGAUCGAGGACGAGCCGAUGCGGCUCAGAGUCAGAAGGAGAUGGAGGUGUUCUAUAACACUCCUCCACUGGGGAAGAGAGGCACCUCCAGCUACCUGACUAAAGCUGUGAUGAUCCAGCUGCUACAGGGGGAAGUGAAGCCCUGCAAGGACGACCCCUGCUCCGUCAGCUGAACACACUUUCCUUUUUUUCUCUCACUUCCUUUACCCCCCACUCUCUCUCUUCUUUUUCCUUCUCUUAGUCCAGUUUAUUUUUAGCAUGUAGCGCGUUCUCACCCUUUGCACUUCCUCUUGUACGUUUUUAAACUGCACUGUUACACUGAUUUUUUUAAAAACCCGAGUGUUCAGUUCACCUCCUGCCCCUCUCAUCCCACACCUUCCUCACAUAACGCUUUACUUCAUCGAUUUGGCCUCUGACGGCCCAGUUUACAACUCGCACCAUUAACCAAAAGCAAAAAGUGAAACCCGUUUAUACACUAUAGUGCUGAUAAUAAUAAUAAUAAUAAUAAUAUUGUGAGCAAAAUAUUAUCAGUAAGCUACUCGUAUCCUAUCUGUCCCAUUCACAGCAUCAUACACAGCUAAGCCCCACCUACCUGACAGCAUAGAUACAAUUCCAUUGGCUCAUAUUUCCAACAUGGCUCUGGCGCUAUUUAGGCAACGUUUACACCGCAUCCCACGGUAAAAUUAUUUACGUUCAUUCGAGAAACUUAAGCAACAGCUUGGAAACAAUAAAACUGGGUUAAACAGACUACAGCUAGCGAACUAGCAUUACACCAAGCGGUUGUCAUGAAUCCAUAAAGUUAAAUAUUCACUUAAAUAAAGUCUUGAGGCAUCGCUGCAGUAACGACAUAUUUUUCACACACGCUAGAGAGAGCGACAUCAAGAUAUUUUGGUAAAAAAGCCGACCGUUUUAAUGGCUAAUUGUGGUUAAAAUCAUUUAUUUAUAUGAAAUAUUGUGUUACGAUCGUAACGUGAACUCAAGGGUAAUAUAAUAAUAGUGAUUAGUUUUAUUCAUGCACUCUUUAUACACGCCCACACCUUCACCCUACUCGUCUUCCUCAGAUCUACUCUCUUCAUUUUUGGCCCGGUCAGUUCUCCACUUUGCUUUUAUUAUAUGCUGGACCAAACGGGACAAAAUUAAACGUUAAUAUUCACGCUCGGUAUUUAUUAACAGCUGUUUUAUUUGAUUGUUUUACUCUCAACGACCUCUCUGCAGUAACGCUAGCGUCCGAGUAAGACGGAGAGCAUGUUAGCGUUAAAGUGGUUGAAAGUGUGAAAAGCAGAUCAAGCUAGGUCGCUAACUAGCUAGCAAACGUUAACCAAUAACACAACAGAGCUGUGCAUAACCUAAUAGAAUUAGCCGACCCCACCCACUGAGGGUGAUUGACAGGUGAGCUUACCUUGUAGUAAGACAGCCAAGCAAUUAAGGUGCAAAUUCAAGUCUGAAUGCAUAAGUUUGUGCCCCCCCCCCAGGUUUUUGAAUGCAAACUAUAUCCCUAAGUAAACAUUGACGUGUGAUAACGAAGACGCGGCGUAGAACUGCACACACCAUGUCUUUAAUGCGCUGCUGUGAGUUUGACUGAUUUAUUUAUUUAUUUAUUAAAAGAUGUAUAAUAAUUUUGGCUCGUUCGGUCCAGCACGUGUAGUUCCACACUUACACCAGCCUGCUUAUAACAAACUGAACACUGUGAACAGAAAAACAAAUCGAACUUUUAGAUUUUAUUUCGGUUUUUUUUUUUACCUGCCUCCGCUGAUUUUCUGCAGGAUGUCGGGAAGCGUCCGUGUUUCUCACUUCUCCCUGCAUGUGGAUUUUUUUUGUUGCAUGAUGGUGGAACUAUGAGAUGUCUGAAGUUCAGUAUUUAAUCAGUUUCAGUAAAAUAGAAAAGAUUAUUCUAGAGUUUUAUGUUUAGAAGGAUUUUCACCGCUUUAGCAGACCUUUCCUAGUCCUAAAGCGUCGGUGGAGUCGAUUAAAGCUGUGUGUUGAAUUAGUGUGUGUGUGUGUGUGUGUUCGUUCAUUCUCCCUGAAGACUUUUUACAGACCCUUAAGUGUAGAAAUGAAAUAAAUGCUAAUCUGAAGUGCA